UAUCGUGCAUAAACCGCGAUAUACACGGUUCCAAUUCCUCCGUGUCCACUCCUCUAGCAUUCUAGAGGCUUGACGAACUCAUCAUGCCUCCUGCUGGUCGAGCUGUUCGAUCACGGGCUCAGGGCAUUGAAAACGACGAGAAUGCCGGCACUACACGUUUGACGCGUGCCAAGGCCGCCGCUCUGAACCACGAAAGUGCUGCAUCCGAUCUAGUCAAGAAGCCUCUCACCCGAACCAAGUCGACCACCACUUCCACCACCGCGGGUCAGUCCCGGAAACGUGCAGCCCUCGGAGAUGUCAGCAAUGUCGUGAAGCAAGGCACGGUCACGGAGAAGAAUGGUAAAGCUGGGGCCAAGCCGGGUCUCGUCAAAGCCGCCGCACCUACCAAGGUUCAGAAGGUUUCUCGUUCCCAGUCGACGCGAAACGUUCUUGGGAACAAGGACAAGAAUGCCUCGGACUUGAAGCGACCGGCGAGUGGGUCGGGGGUUCACGGCCCUGCCUCGAAGAAGCGAAACACGAACUCCACUUCGAAGUCCAUUGAGGAAGAGGAGAGCGUUGAGACCCAGGAGAAUGUUGCACCAGCGGAAAACACCAACGUCUAUAUGGAAGUCAAGACGAAGCAUGAGGCGGUUGCUCCGAAGGAGGAGGCUCAGUUCCAACCUCGAUCCACCACUCCCAAGCUGAUUAACCCGGAAGUCGUCGACCUCGAUCUCGAGGACAUUGAAGAUCCUCUGAUGGUUGCCGAAUACGUCAAUGAGAUCUUUGAUUACCUGCUCGAUAUCGAGGGCAGGACUAUGGCCAGCGAGGACUACAUGGACCUCCAAACGGAACUCGAAUGGAAGAUGCGUGGCAUUCUCGUUGACUGGCUGCUGGAGGUUCAUGGUCGCUUCCGUCUCCUUCCUGAAACCCUCUUCCUAGCUGUGAACAUCAUCGACCGUUUCCUCUCCUGCAAGAUCGUCCAGCUCGACCGCCUCCAACUCGUCGGCGUCACCGCCAUGUUCAUCGCCUCCAAGUACGAAGAGGUCCUAUCACCUCACGUCCAAAAUUUCCGCCACGUCGCCGAUGACGGAUUCACCGAGGAGGAGAUCCUCAGUGCGGAGCGUUUCGUCCUAGCUGCCCUCAACUACGACCUCAGCUAUCCCAACCCGAUGAACUUCCUGCGUCGCAUCUCCAAGGCCGAUGCCUACGACAUCCAGACCCGUACCCUCGGCAAGUACUUGCUCGAGAUCAGCUGCUUGGACCACCACUUCAUCGGCCACCCGCCCAGCCAGGUCGCCGCCGCAGCGAUGUAUUUCGCUCGUCUGGUCCUGGAGAAGGGCGAGUGGGACCCCACCCUCGCCCACUACUCCGGCUACACCGAGGAAGAACUGUGGCCGUGCUUCCAGCUCAUGGUCGACUAUCUGCAUGGUCCGGUCCUUCAUGAAGCGUUCUUCAAGAAGUACGCCAGCAAGAAGUUCUUGAAAGCUUCUAUCGUCCUUCGCCAAUGGACCAAGAAGUAUUAUCACGACUACUUUGGCAUGGAGGCUCCCUCAACGUACGAGUCAUCAUCGGCGUUGAGGGCCGCUCCUAGGAAGCAUAGCUCCCUGAGCUCAUAACCACGCACACCUCACCGAGUGUCCUAUCGAAAGCGUCGACCCCGCGGUUCCGACUCUUUAAUUGGGCGGCUGUACAUCAUCGCUCAGCUCUCGAGAUUUGCUUUUCCUCAGCGCAGCACAAUCAUCGUUUCCCCGAGCUUCCCUGUUUAGCGAUGCGUCCUCCCUUCCUCCCACUCGCACUAAUUCUUCUCUUCUCACGACUGAAUGAUGGAUGGGUCCUCACCUUCCGAGCAACAUCACACAUUGGUUGCUUCCUUGAUCAUC